UUAAUAUGACCUCCCCUUUGUAGAGGUACAUAGAGUGUUCAAUGGAGAGGAAGAGAUGGAUGGAUCAACAUGUUAUUGGGGGAUUUAACAUUUCUUGUUUUUGUCCAGCUUUGAUGCCGUCUAAUUUUUCUGCUUGGCUCAUUGUUGGAUUAUUGACGUCUUUUUGAAUACCCUGAUUGAGCUGGCUUCAUCUGCUGCAGGUGAAUCUCUGUUAGGUUCUCCAGAAGUUUUGCUGGUUUUAGUUGAGCUGUUGUUAAGUACUACCAUGAGUUCUGCUGACUCUAGCACAGGUAUUGACCUGCUUCAGGUCAGGAUUGAGUCCUUGAGUAGCAAAAUGGACAGGCUCAUAAGCAUCCAGGAAAAAGUGCUUAGCCGACUCGAAGGCAUGUCUCAGGACAUUGAUGGAAUUGAGAAAGAUGUAGAAACUCUAAAAGUGGAAAAGGAGGAGAUCCAUGUUUCUCCAGUUAUCCGUACAGGACCAGCCAAUGAGAUGAAGGAAAUGUGUCAAGAAAUGAACAGCAUCAUGUUGGCAGUAAAUCAACGCUCAGAACAGCAAACCCAAAAGUUGGAGGGAAUGGAGAGACUGGUGACGAGCAUUCAGCAGGUUGUCAGCUUUAUUGGAGAAACAGUGAAAACUUCCAAAAUCAUGGAUAUUAUGUUCAAAGGGCCAGCUUCUCGAAAAAGCAAAACGGCACUCAGGUCCAAGGAUAGUAAAAUCAAACUGAUCGCCAAAUGCCAAGCGUCAGAUAACAGUGAGCCUCUCCUUACCAAGAAAACUACCUCUACUAAAGGCUCUAAAGGGACACGAAAAUCUGCCCCCAACAUUCUGAGUCUACUUACAACCUCAAGCAUCUUGGAUCAAAAUAUUUGCUUCAAAUGUACUAACUUUCAAAAAGAUCACAAAGGUAAAGAUGGAAAAUUUCAUCUGAGCUUCAAAGGCCUCAAAGCACAGAAGAAGAAGAAACCACCUGAUUCAACUGUUGAUACAAUCUCUUUGAGGAAACAGACACUGUUGCUUGAAGAGGUUCAGAAACUAAAUCAAGAGAAUAUAGAUCGCUCUGAAGCAUCCCGACAUCAGGAAAAUGAUGUGCAGAAAUCUGAGGAUGGCUCAAAUACUCCCAUUCCGCAAGAACUUAUCCUGGAAGAAGCCAAGAUGCUUGAACCUGAACAAAAGAAUAACUCAGAAGAAGAGAAGGAUGUCACUCAGGACCUGAAAGAAGAUGAGAUAGAAGACGCAGAGCCAAAGAUAGAGGAGAUCCAAAUUGAAACACAACAAUUAGCAGAAGAAGAGACUAAGGAGAUGCCCGUAAAGGCCACUGACAAACUCAAAGAUCAGGAGGAAGAGGGUAUGGAGGACCAGACGUCUACUGAGGUUCCUUCAGAACCCGACAUUACUGACACAGAGCCACCUACACCAACUGAUCCACCUACAUCAACUGACCCGCCUACACCAACUGAGAACUCAGCCCAAAGUAGUGAGUCUGAGCAGGUGGACGAGGUGACGACCAGCAGCAAACGACGCGUAACAGAAGAAGAUAUGAGUUUGGAGGACCACAAGAAGAGCAGGGUUCAUGAGGGUCAAGGCCAGAGUGAGCAAGAGCCACAGAAGCCACAGGAACCCGAGGAUCUCCAUGGUGUUUUCAAAGCUGAUGGUGUGGAAUUUAAGUUGGAUUUCAGCAAACUAAAGAAAGAGAGCUAUGAGGAUGAAGAUGACGAUCACUUCUUCAUCGAUUGCACCCCACCUCCACCAGCACCCUUCAAACACCGUGUUGUGUCUGCCAAACCCAACCAGAUUAACAAUUUCUACACUAUCAACCGACAGGAGGUUCUCGGAGGAGGUCGAUUUGGUCAGGUGCAUAGAUGCAUGGAAAAUUCCUCUGGACUUACUUUGGCUGCCAAGAUAAUCAAAGCUAAGAGUCAAAAAGAAAAGGACGUGGUGAAGAAUGAGAUUCAGGUUAUGAACCAGCUCGACCAUGCCAACCUGAUCCAGCUUUACGCAGCCUAUGAGUCCAGGAACGACAUUAUCCUUGUGCUUGAAUAUGUUGAUGGAGGAGAACUCUUCGACAGAAUCAUUGAUGAGAACUACAAGUUGAUGGAGCUUGACACAGUGAUGUUCAUCAGACAGAUCUGUGAAGGCUUGCGCUACAUGCACAAAAUGUACAUCCUCCAUCUGGACCUAAAGCCAGAAAACAUUCUUUGUGUCAGCAGAGUAACUAAUAAAGUCAAGAUCAUCGACUUUGGACUUGCGAGGAAGUAUCAGCCCAGGGAAAAGUUACGAGUGAAUUUCGGCACGCCAGAGUUUCUCUCGCCUGAGGUGGUCAACUAUGAUUACGUGUCAUUCAACACAGACAUGUGGAGUCUGGGCGUUAUUACAUACAUGCUGCUCAGUGGUUUGUCACCUUUCCUUGGGGACAAUGAGAAUGAGACACUAAAUAACAUUUUGGCCUGCCAGUGGAACUUCGAGGAGGAAGAAUUCUUAGAAGUCUCGCCAGAAGCCAAGGAUUUCAUUUCCAAACUCCUUGUGGUAGAUAAAAGUUGGAGGAUAGGAGCAACAGAAGCGUUGAAGCACCCAUGGCUGUCGGAUGCAACCGUCCAUCAUCGCCUGCAUGAGAAGAAAAAUAUGUGCCGUUCGCGCAGAAACUCCUGUUUGCCUUCACCAGAGAGUUAAUAGGGACCAAGCCUGCUGUGGAACCAUGAGGAUUACUGGACAUUAUAUUAUAUAGAGAUGUAUUUCAUAAACUGAUGUGUCCACUAUAUGUCCCACAAUAACAUGUUGUUAGCUAAUGGAAAUUCUUAAACUACAACUAUCUGUCAGUCACAUGAAAUUGAUCCUAUCCCAGAAUUUGAAAUGAAGAGAUGGUGGAAUAAGAUUUGUCAGAUUCCAGGUUCAUAUGCUAAGAUUUGAAUAUGCCCGUUCACUUGUUUUGAAGCACUGGGAAGUUCAGUUCAAAGUCCUAUAUAUAUAAACUGUAUAUGAAGUAUAUAUAUGUAUAUGAGUAUAUGAAACCUAAAAGAUUAUUAGGAACACCA